AUGGACAAACCAACCAGCUCGGUGGGAGCGGGAGACACAUUCAUUGCCGGGAUGCUCUUCGGACUGACGACGGCGGGUGGCGAUGGGGAUGAUGCAGCCUGGGACGCGCAUCGCUGCGUGCGCUUUGCCGUUGACCUGGCCACGCUCAAAGUGCAGCGCGAAGGGUUUGCCGGCUUGGGCGUCGAUAUUGAAUCAUGCACGCAAGAAGCGCCCUGGCCUGUGACGACGAUGUGA